AUGCGGCGUUACGGCUGGUCGACUGGCCAGCAGCUGUCUCCGUUCACUUCGACACUGAGCAACGAGGGUGUGCCAGAUGUGACCGACGACGACUACGAGUACAUAACAUCGGACGACCUCCAUAAUCGCAACCUCGGCGCCCAGUCGUCGCCUUUUGAAUAUGGUGUCACGGGUAGCCGCACGGGCGGGUCCUACUUCCGCCCGCCUAAUGACGACAACCUCAACGAUAUUCCCCAGGAGGACAUACUGCUACUCCGCCAUGGCAACGAAGUCAAGGAAGAGUUUUUCCCCGCCUUUUCCAUUGGUGAUGGCAAGCUCUUUAUCGAAGAUGUCCGGGAUCGUUUGCAGCUGCUUUACGACUUGUCCGACGCGCAAACGAAGCACAUCAAACUGUACUACAAGGGGAAAGUUUUGAAGAAUGACGAGCAACCGAUCUGCGUCGACGGCGUCAAGAACAACAGCGAGCUCCUGGUUGUACUCCCAGGUGAGGAACUUGAGGAGAAACCCAAGUCGCCAACGAAAAAGGGUAGGCCGGCGAGACCGGAUCGCAGUCCAAAACAGCAGGCUGGACCAUCCUCGUCCACUGGCAACCUGGAGGUGCCGCGACGUGGACGACCUGAUCAAAAAUCCGGCCCAUCAAGCCGCGCACACUCCGCAGCGUCGGGGACCUCUGGCGUAUCGGGUGAUUCCCGCACCUCCAACAUCUCCAAUAUUGUGCCACCCAAGACCACGCAGGGUUCAGCCAUGGAUCAGUUAAACAAUAUCGACGCUCACUUCGAGUCGCACCUGCUACCUCUGUGUAAGGAAUUCGUUCAGAAUCCGCCUUCCGAUCCUAAGAAGAGAGCUGACGAGCACGCGAAAAUUUCUGAGACCGUUUUCCAGCAUGUUCUCUUGAAGUUGGACGCUGUGAGCACUGGUGGCGAGGAUGCGACACGCGCGAAGCGCAAAGCGCUUGUUAACAAAGUGCAGGACGUCUUAAAAGAUGUGGACUCCAAGAUCAAGCCUUCCACAUGA